AUGCCUCGAUAUGCCAUUUCAUUCAGUCAUCCAUCCAUUCAUAGCCUCAGCCCUCACUCCACUCCGAGUCCAGACCUGAACGUGCAGUUCGUGUCACAAGUGAUCGACGCUUUCCAUACCAUUCACUCAUUCAUUUUGGAAAACAAUCUGAAUGUGAAAGCCGUGAAGAAAGCGCUGAGGAAUAGGAAAACUCUUUACGAAAGUCAACCCAAAGUGAAAAUGAAAGAAGAAAUGAGUGAAAAGUGUGUGUCUUAUGAAGUGAUGGCCAAAAGAUUGAUUGGCAAUCGUUUUGUGCAGACAAUAUAUGUGAGACGUUGGGAUCAUAUGAUGUCUAGUCGUUGUGUUGUGUCCAACAACUACUUCGUGAUGGAAGCGAGUCGUCCGCCCACUGACUGUCAGAUCUGUCGAAAUGUGGACCGCUUUCUGAUCCUCGAGAACACCACGAAAGAGGAGUUCGCGAAGUAUGCCUAUACGGGUCAACCGAUUCUCGUGCGCGGCGCUACCCAUCACUGGUCAGCCCUCAAGACAUUCAGCUUUGACUUCUUCCAUGAGAUCUAUUCGCAAACUCCCGGCGCUUACGAGAGCGUUGAACACGAGUGUCAGUUCUUCCCAUUCAAGAGUGAAUUCAAUCAUUUGAGUGAAGUCUUCGCUAUGCCUGAGGACAGGGUUCGCAUGAGUCCUAUGAGUGCCUACUCAUCGAAGCCCUGGUAUAUCGGAUGGAGUAAUUGUAAUCCAGAAAUUGCAUCGAUUUUACGUAAACAUUACUCGAGACCCACUUUCCUACCGGACGACUCCGAGUCGAGUGCUAUAGAUUGGAUCUUUAUGGGCUACUCGCAAAUCGGGGCCAGUAUGCAUUUAGACUACGUGCAGAGGCCUUCAUGGCAGGCACAGAUAUCUGGCAGCAAAACCUGGCAUUUGUUACCACCGCCUGAGUGUGAAAGAGAGUGCAAAGCCAUUAACAUAACCGUCCAAACGGGAGAAAUAAUAUUGAUUGACACUAAUCAGUGGUAUCACGACACUCACAUUAAUCCCGGUCCCAUCAUAAUUUUCGGAUACAAUAAGGGAUGGAUGUUGUGUGAGUUGACUCACUUGGGAACAGCCCGACAACGCCAGAGCCAUAUCGAGUUCCUUUCGCAGGAUUGCAAACACUUCCUCCACGCCAUUCACUCCCUAAUCAAUGAAUUGAACCAUAAUUUUAAUGAACAGUACAUGUGA